CCCGGGCCGCUGUCUGCGGUUCGGCCCCGGACCGUCUGGCAGUCACGCGCUCCGGGGGCAGGACCUGCCGUUGCUACGCCGAUCAUGGCGGAGCAGUUUGCUACGACCGUGGGGUUGCAGCAAGUUGUGGAAACGGCUGCCGUGGACUGGGGCUCGAUGACCGACUCCAGUGCGCCUGCCAGCAACGGGGAAGCGCGCCCUGUCGCCCGCAGCCCGGCCGACACAGACCCGGUCAUUUAUUUCGUGAAGAAAACGUCGCCUUCCACCGUAGACAUUUGCGAUGGCGUCGGUCUGGUGCAGCUCGAACCCUCUCCUGCCGCUUCUCCCAUCAAAGUCCGCGGCAAAAACCCCAAGGACCCCAUUGCAAUCGAACGGCUCAACUUGAUGAACAUGGCAAAGCUGAGCAUAAAGGGUCUGAUUGAAUCGGCCUUGAACUUGGGCAGGUCCCUGGACUCGGACUAUGCCCCUCUCCAGCAGUUCUUUGUGGUGAUGGAGCAUUGCCUCAAGCAUGGCCUUAAAGUUAAGAAAACGUUCCUUGGGCAAAACAAGUCGUUCUGGGGGGCACUGGAGCUGGUAGAGAAGCUGUGUCCAGAAGCCGGAGAGAUCACCGUCAGCGUUAAGGACCUCCCGGGACUCAAGACAGCGGUUGGGAGAGGGAGGGCUUGGCUCCGCCUGGCUUUGAUGCAGAAGAAGCUCUCCGAUUACAUGAAGGCACUGAUUAAUCGGAAGGAUCUGCUGAGUGAGUUCUAUGAGCCAAAUGCUCUGAUGAUGGAAGAGGAAGGGGCGGUGAUCGCUGGGCUCCUGGUUGGACUCAAUGUGAUUGACGUCAACCUGUGUAUGAAGGGAGAGGACUUGGAUACCCAGGUUGGUGUGAUCGACUUCUCUCUCUACUUGAAAGAUGGUGGACACAGCAGUAAAAGCUCGGAAGGGGACGGGCAGAUUACUGCCAUUUUGGACCAAAAGAAUUACGUGGAAGAGUUGAACAGGCACCUGAGUUCCACUGUAAAUAAUCUCCAAGCAAAAGUGGAUGCACUGGAAAAAUCAAACACAAAGCUUACUGAAGAGCUGGCAGUGGCCAACAACCGUAUCAUCACCCUCCAGGAAGAGACGGAACGGAUAAAGCAGGAGAGUGCACUCCAGCUGGAAUCUACCUGGAAGAAGAUGGAGGUGUCGAAGGCAGAUGGAAACGCCGAGGGACUGGGACAGAGACAGGGCCGGCAGGUUAUGGAGGACGUGGAUACUGAGACCAGGAAGCAGCUCAAAGAGGAGACACAGCUCAGGCUGGACGUUGAGAAGGAGUUGGAGGUGCAGAUUGGGAUGAAGCAGGAGAUGGAACUGGCCAUGAAGAUGCUGGAGAAGGACAUCUGUGACAAGCAGGACGUGCUGGUGACGUUCCGACAGCAGCUGGAUGAGGUGCAGGCUCUUAACCAGGAGCUCUGCCAGAAGGUUCAGGGCUCUGACAACGUGAUCCGACAGAAGAAUGAAAUCAUUGCCCGCCUGGAGGAGAAAGCUAAUCAGAUGAACUCCACUAUCAAACAGUUGGAACUGAGAUUGCGACGGGCACAGGGGAGCUGUCACUCGGCGGAGGAAGCAAACCGACUCUUCAAGCAGGAGUUCGGGGAGAAGAUCGCCAGCUUGCAGCAAGAGGUGGACACCCUGAAAAGACAACGUGCCAAGUUACAGAUGAGCUUAAAGGAGCGCAAGCUAAGCUCACCCGUUGACUACAGCCGAGAUCUCAGCUCGGAGGCACAAGUAAAGAACAGCCAGCAAGAAAUGGCGGAUAUCAGGAGGGAGCUGGAGAGGCUUCGAGAAGAAAACCUUCGACUCCAUCAAGCAGAAGAGGGGAGGACUCCUAAUGGGUCCCACAAAUCAGACAGGUCAAAUUCAGAAACACAAGUAGAAACUGGACCCAGUGGCUCCAGACUGGAAUGUGAAGAGAAUGUGAUUUGCAAACUCUGUCAAGAGGAAGCUUCACUGAACAGGCCCAAGAAGCAAUGCAAAAGCUGUCAAGGAACCUUCUGCAGUGCGUGUGCUCUAAAUGAGCUGCCUCUCCCGUCCUCCCUGGAGCCUGUGUGUGUGUGUAAUCCCUGCCACGUGAUGCUGUUACAACAGUACUCAACACCACCCUGACAGACUACCACGUGGAGUGCGCAGAGAACCACUCUGUCCUCAAUGUGAAGUGUUGGACAAAUCAGCGUGCCAUUCCUACUGUGCACACUUUCCCUUGAAAAAGGAACUACUGUUUUGAUGCGUCAUUGGGAACCUUGUUAAUAUUGUUUGUAACUUUCAGGAAGACAUCCACCUGGACUCCUGCCACAUCAAAUGGCUGUUUUCUGGGCCAUGAAUGGUGUAACCAAAAAAGGUAUCAGCUGAGGGGGCUGAAAAACAGAUUAAAUCAGUGUGGUAAAACUCUGAGACAAGUUUUAAAAAUCAUCUCUUUGAAUUCUGGUAAUGCUGUUUAACAAUUCUAAUCCCUACCAGAUGAGGCUGGAUUUCCUAUCCAAUGUGGCAGACACAUGGGGAUGUAGUCAAGGUGACCAUGCCAACCUUGGAUGUUCUCUAGUUUCCUACAUCCAUCCCUCUCACUGAGGGUAUUGUUAUUUUGACUUUUCAUUCUUUGACCAAAUGUGAAUUUCAGUUGUGCGCCAUUAUGUAUUUGAACCACCUCUCCGUAGGCUGGACUGAGCUGGAAUUGUCUGUUGUCAAAAGAAUCUGGAUCUUGUCCUUGUGUCAGUGGACAGUUCACUUUGUAAACCAGAUUAAACAUGUGACCCACUGAGAACAGAACACUGCUGGAGAGAAACAGUUAAAAGUCAGAUGUGUUUUCUGUCUGACCCGAGUAUUGUCAGCUUUUUUGUUUUUGAAUUUCAGCAUCUGUAAUAUUUAGCUAUCUUUUCAAAGCACUGAUCAAAGAUGACUUCUGUGAUGGUGAUCAAAGUGAGGUUCAAAGCUGUAUGGUGUAUACACUACCUCCUACUACAGUGUAGUUUAGAUAAGCAAAGAAGUUUUCUUGACAAGUUCCUCAUUUCACAGGACUUAAAAAAUGAAUGUACAAAGGUAUUUAGUGACCAAAUGAAUUUUUAUAGCCAGCUAUUUUUCUUAUUUGAUUCAAGGACCUGAUAUACCCCCCAACAAUAGUAGCAUUUGUAAACUCCUUUAUACAAAACUGGACAAUUGUUGUAAGAAAUUUUGCACUGCAUUGGGGAGGGAGCAGGGACUAGAAUAUCUGUGAAGGAAUACUUGUUUGCUGCGUAUUCUCCCAUUGCCUGGGUACAACUGGAUAGCCUGUUUGUUGUAUGAAUAAACAUUUGCUUUGUGCGUACGCACCUGUGAUUGAAUUUCCUCCAAAGUUGAAGUGUCAGGUAUUCUAUUCCCAAUAUUGCCACACUUUGAUAUUAAGGGCACAGCAAAACCACCUGUCUGUUAAAUACAAAGUAAUUUGGUAUUUUUAACCUGGUAUCUCUUCGGGAGGCGUGCUGAUCUAGCGGCUACCACAAUGAUCACUAAUUGCUGUUACCCGUAAGGAGUUUGUACACUCCACCCACAUUGCAGAGAUGUACAGGGUUAGGGAGUCGUGGGAAUGCUAUGUUGGUAACACUUGCACAAGUCUAAUCUGUAAUGUUUAGCUAUCUUUUCAGUCAAAGCACUGACCAGAGAUGACUUCUGUGAUGGUGAUCAAGGUGAAGUUCAAAGCUGUAUGGUAUACACUACCUCAUACUAAAUGUAGUUUAGAUAUAAAUGUGAGACAAGUCUGAUCUACAUACUCCAGGAUUUGGUCAGAAAUGCAAUCUCCUGGGUUACAGAUUGUGUGGGUAUUCUAAACAAACAGAACACAACCCAGUGACCAGCUUGUAACUUUCCAGUUCCCUUUAUUUAUUUUUAAAAAGGGAACUAUUUUUGUUAACAUUGAUUGUCUAUGAUGAUUUUUAUUGUGGCUGCACUGCACAUAUGUUCAACCCAUUUAAUUAUACUGUGAGGAAAAACUCCAUGUAUAUAGCAAAGGAUAUCCUCUGCAGGUUACUGCAAACUUACAUUUUUAAACCAAUGCUACUAAACAAUUCAAACUGUUGUAAAGCAAUGUAAACUUGUUAAAAUGCCUGGAUUUAUUUUAUCAAGUAAUGUAACAUUAAAACGUGUUACAAGAGGCAUAAUUUGCAAUACAGGCUACUUGGAGUACCAAAACAAAAAUCAAUUUCUUCUGUUAAUGAUAUCAAUGAGUAGGUCACAGUUGCUCCAACUGGUUUCGAUACAACUUCAAGCUCCAAAACCAGGUUUGUUAGUUUUGCCUAGUGUUUAGGUAUCCGCUCAAGUGGAAAGCUUCACUACCAAAGGCAGAGCCAUUUCCAAAUCAGUGAUCGUUUACCU